CGCAAAUCCCCCCGCCGAGUGUGUGUUUGGGCAUUUUCAUUCGGCUCAAGCUCCACGGUAGCCGAGUGAACGUCCGACGCGUGCUCGAAGACGGCCUGGGAUCAUGGCGUACAAUGGUGCCCCGUCCUCCGGGACCCCUCCUAUUGCCCCUUCGGCCGAGUCGCGGCAAUACACCCCUUACCGGCCACCUGGCCAGCAGCAGCCGCAGCAACAACAACCCGGACACCACCUUGGGGGUUCGCAUGGCUUUCAACCCCCCCAACAGCCUCAGCACAUUUCACAGUACAAUUACCAGCCACUACCUCCUCACCAAGCAGCUGACCUCCCGUCCGCUAUGGCUACCAUGACCAUUGAUGGUGUAACCCCAGCUCCGCUCCGUUUACAGCGGAAACCGGUGGCCGGUCCCGGUCCUGGUAUGCCUUAUGCCGGGUCACCGGUUCCACAGACACAGACACCUCAACCUCAAAGUCCGCCAUCAGCUUAUCCUCAACCUGGGUAUUUUCCACUGCCAACUCCAGCCCCCAGCCCGUAUGUUGCAAACGCUCAAGCUCACUCGCCUCCACCACAACAAUACGGAUCUUACUAUCCCCCCCAAUAUCCGGCGUCACCCCCUUUGCAACAAUGGCAUGGAGCACCAGCCGAUACAGCGCCGGGUCAGCCAAACCCCCCUGCUCUUUACGAAAUGGAAAGUCCCCCCAACAACUCAUCUUUUCAUACAUCCUCCGCGGUGGGCGACGCGCCACCGAUACCCCCUAAGCCAGAGCAACCAGCCCAGACUUUCAUUGCCGAGCUGGAGGGAUCGGGACCUCUAGAGCACAGCGGCGGACAGAGUGUUGUUGGCGAGGGUUCGCCACCAACGUCAGUGUCGGAUCCGAAGCUCAGUCUCCCUCAAGACUCUGAAGUUAGCCAAACUGUUGAACCUGGCUCCGUUAAGGACUCAACCUCGGACACCCCGAGCGAAUCUCCCGAAUCCAAGCCUCUACAAGACAAUCAUUCUGAAGGUACAGCUUCAGAUCCGCCUCAGCCUCCAGCUGUUGCAGAUAGUGAGGGUCUCAUUGUUGUGGAAAAGCCCCCGCCGCCUGACCACGAAGGGCUCAUCCCGUUUCACGCUGCGCCGGGUUCUAUCACAGACAACUCACAGUCAACGCAACAGCCAACGUCGACCUCACCAUACCCAGGGCCCGAUGACAACGUGGCACACCCAUGGCCCUGGCACCCGUCCCUGAGCGGUCCCGGUCACCAACACGCCGCGCCCCUACAGCAGUCCUCUCCAUCGCCUGCAUCUCCGACCGCCAGCCUCCAUUUGCAGCACGGUACACCGGCAUCUCAUUCCGCACCAGGGCCUUAUCAACCCCCAGCGACUGUUACGCCUCCUCCGGCGCCUUUGACACCGUCAACGGCAGGGCAUCCUACCUCCCGGCCCCAUUCUGCCACGAUGCCUACAACUGAGUCUCACUCACCCUCACCCACUCUUCAGGGGUCCCAAACUGGGACGGCAGCAGCCACAAGUCCUCCUCCCCCACCAAACCCCCAGUAUGGAUCCUUCUCAGUUCCAGCGGCGCCGUCGUACACACCAGCGGCUUUCCCUAGUAAACCCCACACUUUUCCAACCCAGGCUACGCCGUCUCCUCAGGCGUCUACCAGCACACUGCCAGCGUCCAAUCCAUCGGCCAUUCCUUCGACUCCGUCCAUCACGAGCUCUCAGCACGGUUUCUCGCCGCCACCCCAGGCGCAGGCAUCUAAGCCGACGAGGCAUUCCGGAGCAAGUACCAGCUUCGGUGGGUUUGCAAACUCGGUCUUUAGCAAAGACACGGUCAAAUGGAGCAAGAAAACGGCCAGCCGGGUUGGUGGCGCCAUCAAGACGGCCGCAACCACGGCUCACACCGCUGCCACAAAUGCCCAAACUGCGGCUACGCAGGCUGCGGCUGCGCAGGCUGCGGCGUUGCAUAGGCAGAAGUCAUUUGCCGCUGCCCAAAUGAAGGCAUCCUGGGGUACCCAAGGAGCGGGGGUGACCCCAAAACCGACGACGACGAGCGGACAAAGUCAGCCCGUUUCAAGUACAGCUGGCGUCCCAACUCCGGCCGUAGUUCCUAUCCCCCCAGCCUAUGGCCAACAACGGCCCAAUCCCGCUCAGAUAAAUAUGAACGCGGCGCCCGGGGGGAUGGGGUCUGCCGCACCUCAGGGUCAGGGGCCUCCGGGUUGGUCUUCCGGCGCCGCUCCUGGCCCAAACAUGGGCAACGGGGUCGGGGCCGCCGGUAUGCCUGCACAAGCCGGCCCAGGACCGCAGCAAGGACCGGCUCCUGCAGUUCCAAGCGCUGGAACCGGAACUGGGCCACAGACCGCACAGUCCUCUCAGCCAUCCACCAAUAUCCCAUCCCAAGAUACUCCUGAGGGGGUUGGACGGCAAACGCCCAAGCCGGGUACGCCGCAGCAGCCCAAUGGACCGGGGCGAACCGAGGGAACCGCCUCGCCAACACCCGCACAAGUACCUGGAGGGCAGUCCAUACCCAGCCAGUUCCAGCCCGGUCAGUUCCAGCCAGGUUAUGCUGGCCCUAACCCUGCACCUCCCCAAGCAACCGAAGGGCACCCUCCUCAGCCUCCAGCCGUCUUUGCAUCACCCGGGUAUUAUCAGGGGCCAGAUGGGGUCGCUACGUAUCCGUACGCCUACGGCCAGCACUCCCAAAUACCGCCUUCUGGAUAUGCCAGCCCUCCCGCCCCAAGCCCAGCCACACCAGCGCCGGGGGGUAUGGGUCAGCCAGUGGGAUGGCAGCCCCCUCAACCGUAUCCGCAGCCCGCAAAUACGGCUAGCCAGCAACCCAUGUGGAACCCUGGAAGCCCUCCCGCGGAGCCGGUUGCCGGUCAAGGACCACCUGCACAACCAACUUAUGCCCCGCAGCAGCCAUGGAGUCCCGGACCAGGCCAGCCCUGGGCACCACCCUCCUAUGCCGGUCCAACCUAUGCGCCAAACCCCAACUAUCCCCCACAGCCUGCAACAACCUUCCAACCCACCCAAUAUGAAACACCCUUCGAGCAGCCCCAGUACGCAACACCUCAACCCCCGCAACCACAACCACAACCGCCUACCCACCAACCCGCCCCCUGGCCCGCGCCCAACGCGGCACCCUACUCCGCCCCCGUGCCCGACCCGGCAGCAGCAGCAGGAGCAGCAAACUGGCAGCAACCACCACCACAGCCCGCUCCGCAAUGGCACCCACCGGCUCAGCAACAGCAGCAGCAGCAGCAGCAGGGCUGGGGCCCACAGCAGCCUACCUAUGCUCAAACAAACACCUAUGCCCAGCCUGCGGGGGGAUGGGAUCCUGCGGGGCAGCAAGGCCAGCAACCGUGGUCUCACCCUCAGUGAGGCACACCUCCUCGUUAGUCUAGGCUGGGGCUGGUGCGGACCCGGGUAGAGUUUGAGGGUGGAGUUGGUGUUUCUGGGGGAAAGGGGGGGGGACUGGACCUGAGGGGUGAGGGGG